AUGGAGAGAGUUCACUGCGUAAUCCCCGUCCGCCGGGGCUAGCCUGGGCAGGCGGGCCGUUCACGCUGGCUGCUGCCCCCAUGACCGAGCAGACAGCAGACCCAAAGGAAGUCGAGGUAUUCCCAGCCCAUGGUGGUGCUGGCGCUAUCGCUGGCGCUGCCUAGGUUGGUGUUGGCCCACAGUCCCAAUGAAACGAGAUGCAGGACGUUAGCAACCAGAGCAAACCUGACAGGCGUACGUGGCACUCCUUUUAGCGACACGAGGUGCCUAAAGCGCUGUCUUAGUCCAUGUCCAGGUGCCCAACUGCACCCGCAACCUGUCGAGCUUGUUGAGCCCGGACGUUUUAGCCACCAGCACUUGCGAACUGAGGCUGCCCACGCCGAGCGAAGCCAUUGGUCGCGAGCAAAUCGUGGGGUAGACAGGCGCUGCGUCCAUUCAUCGUGGGAACAAGUUGCGAAUGGGGAAAAAAGAAACCUUCGCCAAUCCUACACGACGGCAUUGGGAGGUGCGGCAUGAAGCCACAGCAGCCACCACCCCCAUCCAGCACUUGAAGACUUGCAGCUUGAGU